AUGCGGCCUCUCGUCCACCUCCACUUCCCGCGGCCCAUCUCCUACCGCACCGCGCAGACCCUCCAGGAAACCCUUGUUUCGCGCUUCCUCGCCCACAAGCGUGAUCCCACACUCGCAGCUCCACCGCCGCAUAUCAUAACCGCCGAAUUCAACCCCGUCUACACGUGCGGCCGCCGCGAAAUCGGCACCGUCUCUGCGGAGCAGCAGACGUACCUGCAGCACCGCGGGCAGGCCGAGUUCGUCGAGGCGCUGCGCGGGGGGCAGACGACGUUCCACGGGCCCGGCCAGCUUGUCGCGUAUCCCAUCAUUGAUCUGCGCAUGCAUAAGCUGACGCCGCGAGAGUAUGUGUGCUUGCUGGAGAAGAGUCUGAUUGCGACGUGUGCGCGUUAUAAUAUCAAGGCGAUGACGACGGAGCACACGGGCGUGUGGACAACGCCGGAUGACAAGAUCGCUGCCCUUGGCGUGCACAUGCGGAGGAACAUUACGAGUCAUGGGGUUGGGCUGAAUGUAAAUACGGAUCUGUGGUGGUUUGGACGCAUUGUCGCGUGUGGGCUUGAGGGGAAGAGCACGACGAGCUUUGAGCGCGAGGGUGUCGAAGGCCUCGAGGUUAGCGAUGUGGGAAAGACGUUUGUAGGUGAGAUUGGAGAGCGGCUGGGACUCGACGCGAUCGAAGAACAGGACGCCGAGGAGUUCUUGGAGCAAGAAAGACAAAUGGCGAGUUGA